UGCAAGGAAAUUCCUUCACUUGGUCAACUGAAAUUCCUACGGCAUCUUGAGCUGAUAGGAUUCCAUGAGCUGGAAUGUGUUGGACCUAAAUUUUAUGGUGUUGAGGUUAACAAUAUUGGAUCAAGCAGCAAUAACGCCAACAUCCAAGUGUUCCCAUUACUCAAAGAACUAGUAUUGAAGGAUAUGCCUAGUCUUACUGAGUGGAAGGGAAUGGAAUUGUUACCAACAAGAACUGGUGGUAGAGACGGACUUGGAGUGAGAAUGUUUCCUGUGCUUGAGAAGUUGAUCAUUAGUAAGUGUCCACUGUUAAAAAGUACUCCGAAUCAAUUUGAAGUCCUACGUGAAUUAGAGAUUGAAGGAGUUGACAGUGAAAUGCCAUUGUUGAACUUGUGCAGCAACUUGACAUCUCUCGUAAAGCUUGUUGUCGAGGUGUGAAAGAGCUCACUUGUCUUCCAGAUGAGAUGCUACGCAACAAUUUUUCUCUUGAACAUCUUUCGUUCUCAAAUUGCCGACAGUUUCGUGAAUUGCCACAAAGCUUGUACAAUCUGCGUUCUCUUAAGAGCUUAAAGAUUGACAGGUGCACCAAUUUCAGUUCCAUUCCUGUUCCCAGUGGAGAGAAUCAUUUGACUUCCCUUCAAAGUCUUGAGUUGUCCAAUUGUGAUGGAUUGACCAGUUUACCAAGUGGAAUGCUAGAGCAUUGUCGGUCUCUGGAAUCUUUGGAGGUCAAGAGCUGUAACAACUUAGUUUCCUUCCCUUUACAUUUUGGGGAAAUGCCUUCACUUUCAUAUAUGAAUAUAUCAGAAUGCCCCAAACUGAAUAGUGUACCCACAGGGGGCUUUCACCGUCUCACUGGGUUCAGAGAUGGGGAAUUGCAUAUUGGUCCUUUCUCAGAGAUGGUGGAUUUUGAGGCAUUCCAAUUGAUAUUUAAUGGCAUUCAGCAGCUAUCGUCCCUUCGUACAUUGUGGGUGUACGGACGUGCGAACUUGGAUUCUUCUCUGCCCCAUCAGCUUAUGCAACUCUCUUCCCUAACAUGGAUCAAUAUAUUUGAUUUCGGAAUCGAGGCUCUUCCUCAUGGUCUUGGCAAUCUUACUUCUCUUGAAAAAUUAGAGCUAUGUAAGGUGCAAACGGCUACAACAUGUGGACUUCUUAGAUGCUAUGCCCAAAUUACGGCGUCUGUGGAUCAUUGAUUGUCCAUUGUUAGAAGCUCUGUCGGAUGGGCUCGGCAACCUUGUUUCUUUGGAAGAGUUACAUUUAUGGAACUGCAAAAAACUAAAGCAUCUGCCAUCCAGAGAUGCCAUGGUACGCCUCACCAAAUUAAUGGCACCUGUAUAUUGGAGGCUGCCCAGAGUUAGAAGAAAGUUGCAGCAAUCGGAGUGGCCCAAACUCCCAGUGGUCAAAGAUUUCCCAUAUUCCAUAAAUUAGAGUAGGUGGGAGGAUAAUUCAGGACUUACAUUGAAGGUCACGCUAGAACGUUGCUGUGGUAUAUCUAAGUCAAAAUCAGUGGGCAGCAAUUACAUCAGGUAAAUUUUCAUUUAGACUUGUUAAAGGAA